GUGGAUAGCAGAGCUGAGUCAAUUGACAAGAAAAUCGCUAGGCUUGAUGCAGAACUAGUGAAGUAUAAGGAUCAAAUGAAGAAGAUGAGAGAGGGGCCUGCAAAGAAUACAGUAAAGCAGAAAGCAUUGAGAGUGUUAAAGCAGAAGCGAAUGUAUGAACAACAGAGGGAUAAUCUAUCACAGCAGUCUUUUAAUAUGGAACAAGCUAAUUACACUAUUCAGGCACUGAAGGAUACAAAGACAACGGUUGAUGCAAUGAAACUGGGGGUGAAAGAAAUGAAGAAAGCUUACAAGCAAGUCAAAAUUGAUCAAAUUGAGGACAUACAAGAUCAGUUAGAGGAUAUGAUGGAAGAAGCCAAUGAAGUCCAGGAGGCACUGAGUCGUAGCUAUGGAACACCAGAGAUUGAUGAAGAUGACUUGGAAGCAGAACUGGAUGCAUUAGGUGAUGAACUUCUAGCUGAUGAAGACAAUUCCUACUUAGAUGAAGCUGCAUCUGCUCCAGCAAUCCCAGAAGUCACUCCUACUGAUACAAAAAAUAAAGAUGGUGUACUGGUGGAUGAAUUUGGAUUGCCAAAGAUCCCUGCAACAUAAAAAGCACGAUGGAUAUAAAGAACUAUACUUUACACAUAAUUUUUUUUUUUUUUAAAUUCUGGAAAACUUGUUCUUCCAGUGUAACCUUAGUAUCACUACAUCCUAGAAUGCAGUAUGUAUGGCUGGUGGUUUUCUUUCUUUGAAGAAAGUUGUUCUACUACUGACUUUUCUAUUAAUGGACAAUUCGGCACAGUUGCCUGCAGUGGAAGCAGUUGGGCUCGUAGGUUUUCAUUUCGUGUCUCGGUGAAGAGUAGUGGUGGCUGUCGAUAGCUGAGGCUGGUCCUGACUUGGUGUUCUGUUUGUCUGUCCCGGCACUCGGCCUGUGCUGCUGCUGACUCUGUACAACAGCU